AUGGAUUCGCCUCAAUUUCUAGCCACUAAUCGAGAUUCGACGGUUUGAAAAUCGACGAAAUUCCAGACAAAAUUGUAUUUUCAGAUCGCCUAUUCGCUGAAAUACAAGGCUCAAACUAGAAUUGUGGAUAUGGGAGACGAUCAGAUGCCAAUGAUUAUUCAGGAGAUUCCGAUGAGAUGUAUUUGUAAAUAUCAUGUUUUUUCGGGGAAUGUUAGUGAGAAAGUGUAGUUUGUCGUAGGGUUCGGUGUAUUCUUUGAGAAUGCUGGAUUUUACGACAAAAUGCACAGAUUUUUCGUUGGAAAAUCGUGAAUUUCUGCAUUUUGUCGUAAAAUUUCGUGUUUCUCAUCUGAAAAAUGAUGAUCUUUUCAAAGAAACACUGAACCCUACGACAAAAUGCAGAAAAUCGUGUUUAUAGAUUCAAAAAUGUGCAAUUUCUCGUAAAAUCUAGUGUUUUCCAAGGGCACAUGGUUCCACGACAAAAUGCACAGAUUUUUCGCUGGAGAAUCGUGAAAUAUCGUGAAUUGGUCGAUUUUCUGCAAUUUGUCGUCAAAUUCCGUGUUUCUUAUGUGAAAUAUGAUGAUCUUUUCAAAGAAACACUGAACCCUACGACAAAAUGCAGAAAAUCGUGUUUAUAGAUUCAAGAGUGUGCAAUCACAUCUAAAAUCUAGUAUUUCCCAAGGGCACCUGAUUCUACGACAAAAUGCACAGAAAUCUUCACCGAGAAAUCUGCAUUUUGACGUAAAAUCUCGUGUUUUUCAAGGGCACCUGAUUCCACGACAAAAUGCACAGAAAUUUUCACUGAGAAAUCUGUAUUUUGUCGUAUAAUCUAGUGUUUUUCAAGAGCACCUGAUUCUACGACAAAAUGCACAGAAAUCUCCACCGAGAAAUCUGCAUUUUGUCGUAAAAUCUAGUGUUUUCCAAGGGCACCUGAUUCCACGACAAAAUACACAGAAAUCUCCACUGAGAAAUCUGCAUUUUCUCGUAAAAUCUCGUGUUUUCCAAGGGCACCUGAUUCCACGACAAAAUGCACAGAAAUUUCUUUUAGAACUCAACAUUCGAGAUGGAAGAAGACUGGGAUUUAGCGGAACUCAUAAAAAUCAUCGAUUUCUACGCUCUCGCCGAAAAUCUCGUAGUUACAAUAAGUUAUGAUCAAGAACAAUAUCAGUUCUCGCAAACUGUUUUGUUUUUGGAGCAAAGCACAGGAAACGCAGUGAUUGUUGUCAGGAAAAAGUUUACUGUUUCAAGGUUGGCUGGAUUGCCGUUUAUUAGUGAGUUUUUAGGGAACUUAGCAUAACUCACUUAAAAAUACAUUGAAAUAUAGAUACUGCACUAAUUCAUUCGGGAAAAUUGAUAAUUUGUGGGGCGAGAGCUGACGAAAGCGGAAAAAUGAAUCGUUUAACGCUUCUGAUACCAAAUGACCCUAUGUCAACCCAAAAUCAUGAGGAUAUAUCAGAAUUAUUGGAUGGUUUUCAAAAAUAUCUGGGAACUAUGCCUGAAUCGAAGAUAAUUGCGUUAUUUGUGCUUGGAAUGACGGACAAGGAAAUGACAGUGUUUUUGUGUGAAUCAACUGAAUCAUCGAAUCGAUUAAUGACUGAAUGUGUUGGGAAAAUAGACCGUGUCACUGGGGCCAAUUCAAUUGAGAAGAUUGACAAUGAAGUGGUGAAAUAUACGGAUUUUUGUGGGGUUUUGAGUUUGAAACAUAUGCGAACUAGGGGACAGAAUGUUAUGAUGGGAAUUAGUAUUCCAGAUGUUGAGAAAUCGCGAACUCUUUGGUGGAGAAUCAAGCUAUAUUAUGCGAGAUUUGCUCUAAAGGUUAUGAUUUGUGGAUUUCGAGCAUUCGGUUUCUUAGCGCUAUAUGACAGAGGUUUCACAUUUUUCAUGUUUGUACGAUUUCUGCGGCUGAUUCAUGGGUAAUUUUGCGUUUGAAGGAUACAACUAACUAUAAUUUUUUAGCCCUCACAUUUUGCCGCAAUACUGCGUCGACGAAAAACUCUACUUCUACCAUCUUGACCUGAAUCACCGGAAAAUAUUCGAAAUCCCGCAUGAACCGCGAAAACAAGAUAUGAAAGAUGACCCGAAUCAGAGCAAUUUUGCAACCAAUUUUGAGAUUGAUGAAAAUGGCGGUGCUUUGCUUCUAGAUUUUCCGACUUUGAAACGAGAAAGCUUGCGGUAAGCUUACAUUUUUAAAGUGGAAAUCAUGAAAAAUCUGUUCUAGAGCAAGUUACUAUCCUAACCCGACAAUCCCGCAGAAACUAUCAAGUCUAUCAAUGUAUUCUGCAUAUAGGAAUUAUCCGAGUUUCGAAAAAUCGAGUCUACUUCGAAGAAUGACGGGUUUAACCGAUUGGAAAUGGAGAAUUUGA